AUGGCGGACAGAUACUCCUUCUCCCUCACGACCUUCUCGCCCACCGGGAAGCUCGUUCAAAUAGAAUAUGCCUUAAACGCCGUCAACCAAGGUGUAACAGCACUGGGAAUCAAAGCAACAAAUGGCAUCGUCCUCGCGACCGAAAAGAAGUCCUCCUCACCCCUGAUCGACCCCCCCUCCCUCUCAAAAGUCAGCCUCAUCACCCCCAACAUCGGCAUGGUCUACUCUGGCAUGGGUCCCGACUACCGCGUGCUGGUCGACAAGGCGCGCAAGGUUUCGCACACGAACUACAAGCGUAUCUACAACGAGUACCCGCCGACGCGCAUCCUCGUCCAGGACGUCGCGCGCGUCAUGCAGGAGGCGACCCAGUCGGGUGGCGUGCGGCCAUACGGUGUCAGCCUGCUCGUCGCUGGGUGGGACGAGGGUAUCGAGCCGGAUGUGGAGGCAGACAAUGUGAGCGGUGGCGCGGGAACCGAGGGGCCAAAGCCAAGCGGCAAGACGGGAGGCAUCCUCAAGGGCGGACCUAUGUUGUACCAGGUCGACCCGAGCGGGAGUUACUACCCAUGGAAGGCAACGGCGAUUGGCAAGAGUGCGACGUCUGCAAAGACGUUCCUGGAGAAGAGGUAUACGGAGGGUUUGGAGCUUGAGGACGCGGUGCACAUCGCGCUGUUGACGCUGAAGGAGACAAUUGAGGGAGAGAUGAACGGAGAGACAGUUGAGAUUGGUAUCAUUGGCCCGCCAGCACACCACCUUAUGGGCGUUGAGGGUGUCGAGGGGGCACAGGGCCCUCGCUUCCGCAAGCUCAGCCCGCAAGAGAUUGAGGACUACCUCACGAACUUGUGA